GCGGUGAAGACCUUCUUCGGCAAAGUUGCCCCUAAGGCGGGAAAGAUUGGCAGUGAGGCUCUGGCCAGGACUCUGUUCGUCUACCCUCAGACGAAGACCUACUUCUCCCAUUGGGCAGACCUGAGCCCCGGCUCACCUCAGGUGAAAAAACAUGGGCUGACCGUAGUGAAAGGCUUCCUCAGCGCUGUCGAGCUGAUAGAUGAUCUCAAGGGGGGUCUGCUCACCCUCAGCGAGCUU